AUGCCUAUUACUACACCAAAUGUUUCUCGUACCCUGCCGCCCCGUGAUCGCAAGGAGUCCGCAAGGCUCAAGGAAGCUAAUGCAAACAAGCGCCAACACGUCAGCCGUCGCCAGCAACAGGCCCAGCAGGCCGCCAACCGGUUAGCUCAACGUGCCCAAGACCGUCGUGCUCAUCACAGCCGGGAGCGUGUAUCGCCUUCGCCUGAACGCGACGUAGCGACAGCACCCCCUCCUGUCACUGAUCGUGCUGCUUCCCGGGUGGCUACGCUGCCCGGGAAUAGUCGGGUGGCUGACGCAUCGCCUCCUGCUCCUCAUCUUUCACCACGAGACUCGACAGUCCUGCCACCACCUACGUUCAUCUCUGCCAUGGCAACCACCGAUAUGGACAAGGGUAAGCGUCGACGUGAAGAUGACCAGCCUGCGAGGACCAGGGGCCAGCGCUAUCGCCCCAGGGCUGGCGAUUAUGACUCCAUCGUCCGCAAGGUGCUAUCUACUGCACAGGAGUUUAUCCGCGGGUAUGCGUGCACUGACACCGCUUUUCCUGAUGCGGCAACUCUCCACGAGAUGGGUGAUGACGCCUGGGAUGAGGCCUGCGAUGAACUCGGUCAGGAUAUCGAGCUCACACCGGCACUUCGAGUUCUGCUUUGCGCCAACGUCGGUCACCUGCGAGGCGAGCUCAAGACAAAGGCAAAGCUCCUUGUUGCCUCCGAGUACGGAUUUGACGACAACAUUGAGGGCACGGAUGACGUUGAGGUAGCCAAUAGGCGACUAGCUGAACAGCUUCUCACCAGGAAUGGGUUCAUCUAUCGAGACCUUGAUGCUCGUCGUGGUGUCUUUGGGGCGACUAUCAUCCAACGGCUUAUCAACAAGACUUUCUUUCAGAGUCAUGUUGACGAUGCCAUCAAGCGUCCGGAGUUCUUCAAGCCAUUCCCUCCUAUCGCCCUAUGCCUCGUCAUGACUGCAAUCUACUGCGCCAUCGACGAGUGGAAGACCGGUACACGAAAAAAUAACAAGUUCACCGAAGCCAUGUACAAGCCUAAGCACAUGGCCUUUGUCAAGAACCUCAAAAAUCUCGAGUAUGAGUCCCCUGCCGCCCUCGACAACCUGCUCUCGCGCAUCUAUGAUAGAGGAUGCCGACGUGCAGGGGUUGCUGAUCAAGCCGAGGAGCCGCUCAUUAUGGCUCCUGAGGAUCUGGCGGCAGCGGUGUCAGAACUAACCAAUUGA